CCUCCCCACCCCCCUUGCCUUCCCCUCCCUGCUCCCUCUUCCCCUCCCCUCGGGCCUGGCACUGCCUGGGAGGGUGGCCAGGCCGCGCCCGGCUUGCGGGGGUGGCCUCGCCGGGGACUCCUGACCCAAGCUCUUGACACCUUCAGCGAGCAGUGGGUGGGUAGGUGGCUUUAGGCCUGAGGAGCUGUCUCUUGUUUGACAUUAAGGUAAAUCGAGUCAAAUAACUUUUUCUUUCUUUAUGUGAUCCGAGGGGAACCCCCCGCCCCCGCCUUUGAUGCCCAGGGCAUGCAUGCAUAGAGCAGGGUGGGGUGAGGCUGGAGAGGGCGUGUGGAAUCUAGCACGGGCCUAAGAGCUUCCGGAACAGGAAAUUACCUGCUAAUUCUUUCCAACCUUUGCUGUGUUACUCAACUAUUCUGCGAGAAACAAAAUGUCCAUUUGGCUUUCAGUUUCGGUAUUUUAACAGUCUAAUAAUACACUUAGGUUGUUUUCUUCGGGGGAUUGGGGUGGGGGUGGGGUUCUUGUGAAAUUGAGCAACAACCCUUUCUACCUUCAAAGAAGGGAAAACAUCAGUUAAGCUCUGUAAAAACCUAUCCGCUUUUAAUUAUCUGCUACUUUACCUUCAAAUGUAAUUGUCACCCGGUUCUGUCACAACUGUGCCUUGCUAGUUAAUGACUCAGAUGUACUCUUGUAAAGCUGGAGGCCCCUGUCGGGUUUCCUCUCCCCUUACCCCCCCCCCCUUUUUUUUCUGUAGUAUCAUUUGUUGCUGGCAGCUCAAGAAAACAUUAUUGCAGCCGGCCAUCUUAGAGCGAAAAGAUUUAAAGUUGGAAUGGGUUUUAGGCCAGCCGUGUUACUUCACAAAGCAGAAACCAAGCCUCAAGAAGAGGUUAGGCUUGCCCAGGGCUCCCCGGCUAGUUACAUUAGAACCCCACUUCUCUGGCUUCUUGCCUGUCACUCUGUGAAGUUUCCCCACAUAGCCUCCCAGUGCGAAAAUGAAAUGAAUGCACUUGAGCGCACAUCUCUGAAGAGCAGGUGGCUUCGCGGGUGGCUGUGUGCUACCACUUUCCAUGUAUCUCACAGGCUUGCCCGACUCAAGCUUGGGGUUUUCCCCACGCCUCCCACCCACACGCUUGCAUCGUUCAAGAAGUGGCACCAGUUUAGGUUAAAAAGAUUCAGAAACAUGUGCCUAUAUAUACAUAGGUACUUUUUAUUAGCUAAUUUCUGAAAGGAUACACAAGAGAAAAAUAGUACCAGUGGUUACUGCCAGAAAAGCUUUGGAGAUUUUGGACUUCCCAUAUGGCCUGAUGUAGUAUUUGAUUAGCAACAUAAGCUCAUACUGAUUUUGUCAUUGAAAAGUUUUAAAGUUCACGCAUGUCAAAUAUAUGCCACGGGUGCGUGCAUAUAUUUGUGUUCAUAUAUGUAUCUAUAAAUCAGGUUUGCGAGCAUAGAAUUCAGUGUGGCUCCUGGCAGCUCCAUUGACAAAGCAUUGUUAGUUACUGGAUAAUCAUGUUUAGCUUUUGGUUUACUACUGUGCCCUCUUAGAAGACGGUAACAAUGUUACAAGUCUUGAUAAAUUUUUAGGAAAUGUGCUAAGCUUCUUGAUUGUGGAAUAAUGUAACCAGUUAUAACACAUUUAGAAUAUCAAAUUUGAUACAGUGGAAAUGUCUGAAUUAUAGAAACUUUGUGUCUAAGAACACUUUAAGAUGGAGAAACCCCAGUAAUUACUUUAACCAUCUUAUUUUUUUGCAAAUAGGUGGAGUAAGACCCAACGAGGAAAGCUAGGAUUGGCAGACAUUCAUGUCACUGUUAGCAGAGCCUAGACCUGUGUCUGAGGAAAAGGUGGACAAGUCCUAUUUUCAAGAGAAGAUGACUUUUAACAAUUUUGAAGGAUCUAAAACUUGUGUACCUGCAGACAUCAAUAAAGAUGAAGAAUUUGUAGAAGAGUUUAAUAGAUUAAAAACUUUUACUAAUUUUCCAAGUAGUAGUCCUGUUUCAGCGUCAACUCUGGCCCGAGCAGGUUUUCUUUAUACUGGUGAAGGAGACACUGUGCAAUGCUUUAGUUGUCAUGCAGCAGUAGAUAGAUGGCAAUAUGGAGACUCAGCAAUUGGAAGACACAGAAAAGUAUCUCCAAAUUGCAGAUUUAUCAACGGCUUUUAUUUUGAAAAUAGUGCGGCACAACCUACAAAUCCUGGUGUCCAAAAUGGUCAAUACAAAGUUGAAAACUACCUGGGAAGCAGAAAUCAUUUUGCUCUAGACAGAUCUUCUGAGACGCACGCAGAGUAUCUUUUGCGAACGGGACAGGUCGUAGAUAAAUCAGACACCAUAUACCCAAAGAACCCUGCCAUGUGUAGUGAAGAAGCUAGAUUAAAGUCAUUUCAGAACUGGCCAGAUUAUGCCCACUUAACCCCAAGAGAAUUAGCUAGUGCUGGGCUCUACUACACGGGUAUUGAUGAUCAAGUGCAGUGCUUUUGUUGUGGUGGAAAACUGAAAAAUUGGGAGCCUUGUGAUCGUGCCUGGUCGGAACAUAGGCGACACUUUCCUAAUUGCUUCUUUGUUUUGGGCCGAAAUAUUAAUAGUCGAAGUGAAUCUGAUGUUGUGAGUUCUGAUAGGAAUUUUUCAAAUUCAACAAAUCUUCCAAGAAUUCCAGCCAUGGCAGAUUAUGAAGCACGGAUCAUAUCUUUUGGGACGUGGAUAUACUCAGUUAACAAGGAGCAGCUUGCAAGAGCUGGAUUUUUUGCUUUAGGUGAAGGCGAUAAAGUAAAGUGUUUUCACUGUGGAGGAGGGCUAACUGAUUGGAAGCCCAAUGAAGACCCUUGGGAACAGCAUGCUAAGUGGUACCCAGGGUGUAAAUAUUUGUUAGAAGAGAAAGGACAAGAAUUUGUAAACAAUAUUCAUUUAACUCAUUCACUUGAGGAGUCCCAGGCAACAACUGCAGAAAGUGCACCAUCACUAACUAAAAGAAUUGAUGAUACCAUCUUCCAAAGUCCUAUGGUACAAGAAGCUAUACGAAUGGGAUUCAAUUCCAAGGACAUUAAGAAAAUAAUGGAAGAAAAAGUUCAGAUGUGUGGGAGCAACUAUAAUUCACUUGAGAUUCUGGUUGCAGAUCUAGUGAAUGCUCAGAAAAACAGUACACAAGAUGAAUCAAGUCAGACUUCAUUGCAGAAAGAAGUUAGUACGGAAGAACAGCUAAGGCGCCUACAAGAGGAGAAGCUUUGCAAAAUCUGUAUGGAUAAAAAUAUUGCUGUAGUGUUUAUUCCUUGUGGACAUCUAGUCACUUGUAAACAAUGUGCUGAAGCAGUUGACAAAUGUCCCAUGUGCUACACAGUCAUUACUUUCAAGCAAAAAAUUUUCAUGUCUUAAUCUAACUUGGUGGUAGGAAUUUUGCGUUCCUCUUAUUACCCCAAUUGAAUAUGUGAUAUAAGUGGACCUUAUGGUAUCAGCAUUGAAUUCUAUUAGCAUUUGAUGCCAAUUGGGAAAGCAGUGGUUUAGUUGGCAAUCUAAAAUUUAAGUUUCUGGGUAUUUUGAGUGAUUAACUAUAUGAUUUUUUCCCCUUUAUUUUACUGUUACUUGAUUGAAACCUUAAACAGAAUCACAUUGUAGCUGAUCACAGUGUGUAUUGAUAGUGCCCUUAGCUUCUAAGUGUAAGUGAAUGAAUCGUCUGAGUUUCUCAUUCUUUCCAGAUAGACUUAGUAAGUGGAGCAUUCUGUAGAGACUUGGAGAAUAGGAAUUAAUCUCUCAAUCACAUAAUUUGUUUUGUGUGAAAAGGAAUGAACUGUUCCACACAGGUGGAGAGAUAGAGACUAUUUUAAGAUGCUUGCCUUAGUGAUUUAGGAUUCUAUCCCUUGUCUUUUAAAAUUGCAAACAUGCACUUGUGUGAAUGAUUCCAAGAGUGAUUUUGCCAUUUUAAAAGGGUAUCCCAGAGCCUAUAAAACUGUGUCACAUAAUGUAAUGUAAUUAAUAAUAAUAAUAAUAAAGGUAUCCAAUGAUAUAGUGCCAUCUAGCCAACAUGUGCUGACAGGGAAGGUGUCACAGAUAUGUAUAGUAAAAGUACAGGUAGCCAGACACUGUAAAUUUUGACCCUAGUUGAGUGUGCGUGUGUUUUGUAUGUGCGUGGAACAAAAGAUCGAAGAAGAUGAGCACCAAUCUGUUAAGUGUGGUUUCUCUUCAGGGGGGUGGGAGGAUGGGUCCCGAGAGGGGUUUACGGGGCCUUCCAUUUUCUGGUGUAUUUUUUUUUAACUUUUAUUCUGUUUGAAUUUUUGUAAGUAUGUAUUGCUUUUGUAAUCAGAAUUUGUAGAAAAAUAUUUUACUGAUUAAAGGCUUAGGCAUGUUCAAACACCUGCAGAACUACAUAGCGCUCAGCUUUGGUUUUUCUAAUCCAGGAAGGCAGGGCCAUUAACCUUUUAGGUGCCAAUGUGAAAUUUAAAUGUUUUUAUGUUUUCCCUGCUUUAUGGAUGAAAAAUAUUACUGAGUGGUAGUUUUCUGACAGGUAGACCAUGUCUUUUCUUAUCUUGUUUCAAAAUAAAUAUUUCUGAUUUUGUAAAAUGAAAUAUAAAAUAUGUCUCAGAUCUUCCAAUUAAUUAGUAAGGAUUCAUCCUUAAUCCUUGCUAGUUUAAGCCUGCCUAAGUCACUUUACUAAAAGAUCUUUGUUAACCCAGUAUUUUAAACAUCUGUCAGCUUAUGUAGGUAAAAGUAGAAGCAUGUAUGUACACCGCUUGUAGUUGUAGUGACAGCUGUCUAUAUUGAGAUUCUCAUAUCAUCUUGUAUCUUAAAGUUUCACGUGGGUUUUUACUGUUAGGAUAAUUAAGAUGUACAUAGGACAAAAGGUUAAGUCUUUCUUCUGUAAUUUUUGUUGUUUUGACUAGUAGUGAAUACUUCUGAAAUUAAUCUCCUCUGAAGAUCCUCAAAAUCUCUUGGAAAGUAUAAAAUUACUGAAUAGUUGUUUAAGUAUGAAAAAGAACGCUUGAGUACAACCCAACAUGACAUGGCAGUAGAAGCUUUGAAAUGCUGCAUAGAACAUCUAAGUUUACGGUACAAGACUCUCGGCAGAACUAUUACACCGGUGCUUGAGGCGUUUCCUACAGAGAAAAGCUUGCAACUAUUAAAAAUCACCUUUUCAUUUUAUUUUCGAAGAGAAACAUAUUGUUGUUUUCCUAACCUCUGUCUAAAGUCCUGCAAAUUUAUAAAUGAGUUUAAAAAUAAAGUAAUGGCUGCCUUAUUCUUGUUUUAUUAUGUGAAUCAGUAGUUCUUCAGCUUUGCACUAUUUUCUACGUAGGUUUGUUUAUACAGCCAGUAGGUUGAAUUUGAGCUGUGUAGUCUAAGCCUUAAUUUUUAGUUUCAGUUUAAAGCAUUUUACAAGGGGAGAAAAGUGUUAACAUUUUAAAAGUAUGUUUUCCAGAGCACUUCGUUUGUCAGUUGGUAGAUAGUUCAAGCUAGCUGUUAGCCAAGGACUCAAGGGCUGAAUUGUUUUAACAUAAAGCUUUUCUUGUUCUUGAGGCCUCAGUUCAUCAAAAUUCUACUUUUAAAACUUGUGUGUUUUAGAGUUAAGCAACCUUUUUAUUUUUUUUUUUCCUCUGUGAGUUGUGAAAUUUAAUGCAUGAAGCUGAGCUGAUGUGGCUAACAAGUUUAUUUUAAGAAUUGUUUAGAAAUGCUGUUGCUUCAAGUUCUUAAAAUCACUCAACACUCCAACUUUUAAUCAGGUUUUGGGAAGUCUAACAGUGUGUAUCUGUGUUCGCACUACAAAAAGCACUGUAUUCUUUCCAGUUAAUUGUGUAAAAUUUGAUCACUUGCAAAGUCAAACCUGUAACUGCAUCCAAAGCUAUACCUGCCGUCUGCUGCAUCCCCCAGCCCGCUGCAUGGCUCUCGGUAUUUACAUGUAGAUAUUACUUUCCUAUAUAAAGUUCAUUCAAGGGUUAAUAAGAUACCACCUAUUUUACUAUAUUCUGGUGUUGUGCAAAUUCAAGUUAUUUUGUAAUAAACAGUUACCUAUUUAUGAUAAUUUAGUUGGCUGAUUAAAAAAAUCUAGCCUUAGUUUUUGAGAAAUGGGUGUAGCAUUUAUAAAAUACAUUCCAGCGCUUCAGUUAAUGCCUUUGUAUUUCCCUUUUCUGCUAGGUUUAAUUUUCUACCCCCCACCUUGGUUAGGGAUUGAGGGGGUAGCACAGGUAUAUUGAAUGUAUAUAAUGUGAUUUGGUCCUGUUUGUUGUUAAUGUUUUUGUUACAUUGUGUAAGUUUUGUGAUUUUUUUUUCUAUUGUUAUUUUAGUGGGUAAAAAUUUGUGUUUUGAAAUGUUUUGAGAUUACCACCCUAACAUUAGGUGCAUAUGUAUUCAUUAGGCACAUUGUUUUAUUUCCUGUUUACUCAAGUGUUGAAGGGGAAGAGGGAAAUGGCAUGGGGCUAUGUAUCAUUGCCAUUAGAGAAAUAAAAUGGCAAGGAGUUUUUAAGACAUAGUUCUUGUAAGCUGAAUCUGCUUUUAAAAGAUAGCUAUUUCUUGAUUUGUGAAAUAAGAAGAAUAUGUUACUAGGUUAUGAGAGUUUAAAGAAAUCAUAUAUCCUAUAAAUACUAACCCCCAUCAUAACCCUGUUUUAGCUCUCCAUGUUUAGCCUUGACCUGCAAAUGUGGCUAACUAUUUUGAUGAUUCUUACACAUAAUUUUUGGUGUUUUCCAUAGUGAAGGUAUAAAUUACAAUCAAUAAGUAGGUGAGAUCGUUUCAAAUGCUUAAAUUCUGUUGAAAGUAUUUGAAAAGUUAAUCUUAUGGAAUUUAGUUUGAGCUUUCUUCAUGAGAGAAACAGUUGACUUAUUCCUAUCUUAAUCUUCAGUUUCAGUCUGACUGCUGUACACUUAACACAAGGUGAAAUUCUUUCUCAGCAUAAUAAAAUGAUAGCAUGUCAGAGAUAAAAACGAUCUGAGAGAAUAUCUUAAUCAUCCUUCAUUUUAUAGGUGAGUCAGCUGAGGCUCAAAGGUGAGGUGAUUUGCUCCAAGCUAUAUAUAGCUCAUUAGUGACGGAGCCCUGCCUGGGACAGAGUGUGAAAGUGAAAAACUUCACCAAGCUCUCUCCGGGGAGGUCUCAAAUGUUUAUUUUUUUAACUCUUCUUUCCACUAUGCCCUAACUUUCCCUGCAUGUUAAAUGACACUUUAUAAUCGAUACAGUAGGACAAUCUUAAAUACCUAUAUCUUCAAAGUGGUCAAUACUACAUUAGUAUUUGGGUGGUAAGAUUCUGUUUUGAAGUCUAAGGCUUGCAGAAUGCAUACAGGUUUUUAGCAUUUAAUACAUAUUAUGUAUCAUUAAUGUAACAUUUAAAGUACUAUAUAAGUAUAUUUUACUGCUCUGUGUAUACUCAGUAACAAAUUUGCAUUUUUGCUUUAAUGUAAUAAAAGCUUUAAUUUGUUAGCUUGCAUUUUCAUUACUGUUAAACUUAAUCUGACAGUGAUAGAUUCUCAUGUUAGUAUUGUGAAUAAUUGUGUAAUGUUUUGAGACAAAGUACUAUAUUUGUGAAUAUAAUUUUAUGACUGUUUCUCAUUUAGUAAAACUCUUUCCAUCAGUAUGGAAAACUAAGAAAAUUGCUUUCUGCUGUAUAACCUGGCAUUCAUUGUAGAUUAAAGCUUAUUUUUCUGUGAAUAAAACUUAUUCAAUAAAGUACUAUUCUUUAAAAUGA